AUGGGAGGGAAGGGAAAGAGAAGGAGAGAGAAGAACUACAGGGCUGCUCAUGGUGGCUACAGUGGCCUCCCUCCCCCACCCAAUCCUUCCCACCUCGAUGCUUUACCUUCCAAACUCCGCAAAAUCAUGUCUUUCUCUCAACAUCAAAAUGGGGCUAAUGGGUCGUCAAAAAACAAGCAUAUCGAUGAUGGCCAUGCUCAAACUAAGACUGCUUCCAAGGGCAAAGGUGAUGUUCUAACCGUAGAUGUCAAGGAGGGGAAUACUAAUGGACAAUUGAAGGAGCCUCAACAUAUGGAUAGGAGUGAAGAACGACUUGUGGAAAGUGGUACAGUUGAGAAGAAAAAGAAAAAAAGAAAAAGGAAGGAUGUUAAAGAUUUCAGGUUUGAAAUGGAAGUGGAUAAAACAAACUCCCAGUUAAAAAGACGAGAGCGUAAGAAAAAGUAUUUGGAAGCAAAGAAGAAGAAGCACAAAAAAUCCCAUGAAGAAAAAAUGGACUUCCCUGGACAUGAAAAAAUAAAAUUUGGAGAUAUUGUACAAGCGCCACCAAAGCUAUCUGUUCCUCCCAAGGUAUUCAAGAAUGUUUCUCAAGAGAGACUUAGACUCCAGGCUAUAGAGGAAUACAGGAGUCGCAAAGGUUGGACAUCAAGGCCAGGAAGUUACCUUCCACCUCCGCUGACUACAUCGGACUCUUAA